GCCUCUCCCGGUCCCCUCCUCCCGCCUGUCCCCGGGCAGGACUCGGAAGAUGGCGGCGGACGAUCGUGGCCGCUCGGACUCGGCUAAGGAGAAGAGAAGGGAUCAGUUGACCCGGUGGAAGGACUGGGAGAAGGAACAAUGUCUGAAGUUCGGCAGCUCCCGCCGGCCGCCCCGGGUCCGCUUCGCCCAAGGAGCCGUCUUUAUGGCCGCCUGUUCGGCUGGAGACCGGGAGGAGGUUCGGGAGCUGCUGGCGGCCGGAGCCCCGAUCAAUGGCACCAAUGUGGACGGGCUGACCGCUCUGCACCAGGCUUGUAUUGAUGAGAAUAUCGAAAUGGUUCAGUUUCUGGUUGAAAAUGGAGCCAGCGUCAACCAGCAGGAUAACGAGGGGUGGACCCCACUCCAUGCAGCCGCAUCGUGUGGCUUCGUGCCCAUUGCACAGUACUUGAUCUCAAAGGGUGCCAGUGUUUCCAUUGCAAAUAGCGAAGGUGAACUUCCCCUGGAUGUGGCCCAUGAGAGUGCCAUGGAGAAGCUGCUGAAGAGCGAGGUUAAGAAACAAGGUGUGGAUCUAGAUGCUGCAAAGAAGGAGGAAGAGGAGCUGAUGCUGAGAGAUGCAAGGCGUUGGUUGAACAAUGGAAAAAUUGAAAAUAUCAGACACCCAACCACUGGAGCUACACCUCUACAUGUAGCUGCUGCAAAGGGCUACAUAGAGGUCAUUAGGCUGCUCAUCCAGUUGGGGUCUGAUGUGGACUCUCGUGACUUUGACGGAUGGACACCACUUCACGGGGCUGCUCAUUGGGGCCAAGAGGAAGCUUGCCGGCUCUUGUCUGAGGCUCUCUGUGACAUGGAGGCUGUCAGCAAAGUGGGUCAGACGCCUCUUGAUGUUGCAGAUGACGGUUUAGAGUCUGCGCUGGAGAAGCUGAAGAACAAACAGAGUGCGUUACGUUUGGAGAAAAUGAAGACUGCACCACAGAUUAUGACCCAGACAACUUCCCAAAACCAGAAUGCAGCUAGUAGAACAAGAAGGAGUUCUAUUUCUCGUCUGAGCAGCCAGGAGAAGUUUGCGCUACGUGUACAGGACAAGGAACCCCGUGCUCAGCCGCUCGCCGCAACCGUACCCGCCACCCAGCCAAUUGCCUCUAGUUCUGAUGAGUCUGGUUCUGAUGCUGAAUCAGAAAAAGUAAAAGCUCAAGAAAGAAUCAACAACUUGAACAAUCAGUUGCGGAACCUUUCCGGAACAGCAGCAAAGAAGACUCCGACUGUCCAGGAACAGGAGAAAUCUGAGCCUCCAUUGGGCUCAUGGAGAGCCUCUCUAAGGAAGACGGGUAGUUCUGGCGCACUAAGUUCUGGCACCACCUCCGAAGAAGGCAGGAGGGCAGCAUUGCCUAAAUCUGCCUCCAGCUCCCAGAUAGCAGACAGAGAAAAGACUGGGGCUGAACUUCGUUUAGCACGGGUGACUCCAAGUCAGAAACUACUUGGUAACCAGGAAAAUGUGAGAGAAUCUCAGUUUAGCCGUGGGUCCUUUACCCGCCAGCGUAAUGAUGGUGAUGAAGGACUCAACUCAAUCCGUAGGAGAGAAUUCCUGUUGCCGAGGCCCGAAACCACUCUUCCGAAAAGAGAACCAUUAUCUAGCAAACCAGAGGCUCCUGUGACAAGUGCAAAUACUGCUAAGAACCAGGCAGACACCACACUAAAUUCACUUGGAAGAAAUACAGAAACUGCAAAAACCGUUAGUACAAAUCUAGAACCUACAACCAACUCUGAGACCAAAGAGAGGCGCAGGUCUUACUUGACUCCAGUGAGGGACGAGGAAGCGGAGGCACAGCGAAAGGCGAGGUCUCGUCAUGCACGACAGUCCCGCCGUUCCACUCAGGGAGUGACUCUCACUGAUCUGAAAGAGGCUGAAAAGGUCAUCAAAGGUCAACAAGAAAACAAACCAACAGAAUCCGAGCCAGAGAAGAACCAAGAGGACACUACUAAAGACAACCAACCAAAAGCUAGGAGUAGUCGGACUGCUGAAGAAGGGACAGAGGUCAGCUGGAGGUCUCGACUUGCCAAUUUGCAGAAAAAUGAUCUUCUAGGACUGACUACACCAGACACUGCUCCAACCUCUUCUGGGUCCCACAGGCGAGGUGUAGGCCAAAACCUAGAAAGCAAAGAAAUGCAAAAGUCCCACGAGGACGAGAAAGAAAGUGAUGAGAAAGGUGGUAGAAACAAGGCUGGUGUCCGGGACCGAAGGAGACCGAGAGAGAAGAGGAGGUCUACCGGUGUCCCACAGACCAAUAGACAUAGUGAUGAAGAGGAUUCAGAAGAAGACGACAAAGCAGAGGAGAGUUUGCGACCUCAGGUAGAUGGACUUGGUUCUCGAACGGACGCGGUUUCCAACGCACACUCGGCAAGCCGCAUAGAAGCAGCAAUUGCAGCUGAACAUCGGGACACUAAGGACUUCAAAAAACUGUAUGAAGAUUUAAUGAGAGACAAUGGACGUCUUCGCUCACAGCUGCUAAACACCCAGAACCUGGUGAAUGACACGAAAGCAGAAUUGGAAAGAGCCACACAGAGGCAGGAAAGAUGUGUUGACAGAUCAUUUCUUAUUGAUACAGAGAAAAAGGAAAAGAUGAUCCUGGAACGCAGAGUAUCUGAGCUACAAGAAGAGCUGAAGGUUCUUGGAGACCUGAAGGCUGAUAACCAGCGCUUGAAAGAUGAGAAUGGAGCUCUAAUUCGAGUCAUCAGCAAGCUUUCUAAAUAGCACACUUGUCAUAGGACUGGUCCCUGUUUCCUGCUCUCCUGGGUUUCACAGUACUGGGACAGACCAGGUGGGCAAACAUAGAUUUCUACAGGUAGCCGGGAUAUCGAGGAUAUUCAAACGUCCCCCUCCUGUCUGUCACAUCACCACUUUUCCACACAGCCACCCCUGAGGACUGUCUGGAAUUUAUCACAUCAGAGCACACUUUACCUUCCGGGAACAUUGUGGAUAACGCAAAGAACAGCCAAGCUCAUCUGGGAAGAAAGGCAUUAUAUCUGCAAAAAUGACAUGGCUUUUUGGGCAUGUUUCACAAAGCAGAGUGAACGUUCAGAACUGAUCACUGCUGUUAAAAUUCUAGUUCUAAUGCCCCUCUGUAUAAAUACCAUCAGCUGCCAUCAUACAGUGGUUGGAAGAUGUAGGACAUCAAGAAAACAAAUAAGUCAUGUGAUCUCUUAUCAGCUGUUACUUUUAGUGGGGCACGUGGUCUCAUUAACUGUCGCUUAGGACUAGAAAGGUGAAAUUUUUCUCAAAAUGAAACCAAUAAGAUUGGUUUAACUCGUUUGCCUUACACAGACAUCUUGUAGUUUCAUCUACAGAUCUUGGAUGGCAUUUGAUUCUAUACAGCGCUCUUGGCUGGAGAUUAACAAAGUACAGGCGUUAUCAAGAGUAUAUAUCAGAUUUCGUUGGACAAAGGAAAGAUCUGCAAUGUCUUUGAUUUGAAAUAUGCCCAUGUUGUAAAGUGUUCUAUAGAAAUUUUCAAAGUCGUUGGAGAACCAUCUUUAGGCACUGGAAAUUCCAGUUUCAAAAACGCUGCAGUGCUUGCAUGCAAAGACAACUGCACAAAUGUUAGCCAUCUUAUCACCGAUGACCACCCCCUUGGUUUGUGGAGUACUGUGGAAUUGUGGAAGAAGGAUGUAGACUUUGGGGAGGCCAAAGUUGGAAUGCUUCAGAGUGAUGGGGACCACCGAUGUGAAGGGUUGGCUGCUGUAUUAUGUCCUGACCACUGUGUUCUAUCCCCUGUGUACACAGCGAGAUGGGAUGGAGCACAGAUACCAUGAGUGGGGGAGCACCUUUUGACCAGCCAGAUUCGGCAUUGUGGAAAGAGCACAAAUUUUGUAUGACCUUGUUUUCUUUUGGUUUGAAUUUACCCCAAUACUGUUUUUUUUUUUUUUUUUUUCCUUUUGAUGUCACGUUGUGGAGCAAAGUUGUCGGGUAUGGGUAGGUAACACAGUAUGUUCUGUUUCUUGAGCACAUUUUGCAACACUAGACUAUGAUGUAUUUUUUUUAUUUUUUCCCCCCAUUUUUGUGAGGUUUUGUGCUCAUCAGGGAGAGAAAAUUUUAUUUAUUUUAAUUAAUAUAUAUAUUUUUAAUAGGGUAGCCAUGUUAACUCUACUCUGAAAGUGUAAAUGUUAGAUCCGUCCCUGAGAGCAUAGCAGCACUGUUGGUGUACGUGUUCAUUUUAUGAAGUUGUGUUUUUUUUUUCUUUUUUGCUUAAAGUGUACCUGUUGUUAAUAUGUACUACACAGAAAGCCAUCUACUGGGCUAGACUAUGGAUGCAUAACGGGCAAUCAGGUGUGCAACACAUUUUCCUUUGAGACCUCUAAUGCUACCAUGCUCCUCGCACCAGAUGUUGGCGCACAUGCACACAUCUUUUUAUUCCGUUUUUGUCAAGCUUUAUUUUUUUCUUAUGAAAUGAAAUCAAAUAGAAUAUAAAAAGGCAUCCUGUUUUUCCAUAAGAGCCUUUGCUCCCCGUCUCAGUGACUAUGCCGCACAUUGAUGGGCAUUUAGGAAUGUUGGGGGUGGGAGGGAGCAGGCAGGCUUAGACACAAUCUAAACAUGUUGAAGUUUUUUUCCAGUUAAGAAUGGCCCAGCAUUGAAUGUAGAGGGGGGGGACGGGGGACGCAAUGAAAAUGGCUGCAGCACUUGUAUCUGCUACGAGCUUUAGUCACUUUAAAGCUGAAGCAUGCCAGCCUUUUUAUGUGUUAAUUUGUAAGUCAAUAGAAAGACAGUUGCCAUUUUAUUGUUUUUGCAAAAUAUUACAUACUAAAACCAAAGCCAUUUUAAUAUGUUUUUUAAAUAAAUUUUAGUACUUUUUAUUUUUGUUACUGCUCAAAAAAACAAAAGUAGCGAAAGCUGAUUAAAUCAGAAGGAGCGUGCAAAUAUUGCUAAAAGUAAAUAACAGAUUAAAAAUUGCAGGAAUAAACAUGCAAUAAAACAGCAGAUUUUUUUCCCCAUUUCAUUGUGACUUGCAUACCCUUUAUCGGCCUUCUCCUCCUUUGGUAAUCCUCUUGCUGUAGAGUUGCAUAUACUACAGUAUUUGUGUUAUUACAUCUCUGAUAUUAAAAAUAAUCACAGCUACAAGGAUAUGGAGAAGUCACACUGCUGGGUGAAGUAGAUGGUAAAAAAUCUAGGGUGAACGGUGGGGUAUGGAAAUGCUUUUGUAAUUUUUUUUUCUUAAUCUAAAUGUUGGUUUAGCCCUCUAAAUGACUCUCUAAAGUAUGUGCAUGGCAUGUGCACUUUAUUCAAAUUGUAUGUAACAAGCAAGAAUAAAGGCUCUCUCAUA